CUAUGACCGUACUUACCACAGCAGCAUCGCGAUAGGUCGCGUGUGCGAGACUACAGCUUAACUUUUUCCAAGCGGAUCGCUCCGACACAUCCACCAUGGCGUUCGAGCUGCCCCCUCUGCCCUAUGAGUAUGGCACCCUUGAGCCGCAUGUGGACAGCAUGACUAUGCAGAUCCACCACACGAAGCACCACCAAGCCUAUGUCAACAACUUGAAUGCCGCUCUCGACAAGUUCCCUGAGCUGAAGGACCUUGGCCUCGUUGACAUCAACAAGGCUGUUGGCACUGACAAGCUCCCCACCGAAGCUGCUACGGUCAUCCGCAACAACGGUGGAGGUCACUACAACCACACCUUCUUCUGGAAGGUGAUGACCAACCCGUCCAACACCAACGGCCCCUCGGGAGCCGCGAAGGAGGCCAUUGAGGCCGCCUUCGGUUCCGUUGACGAGAUGAAGACCAAGUUUAACGCCGCCGCUGCAGGCCGCUUCGGCAGCGGCUGGGCCUGGCUGGGCGUGAAGUCUGACGGCUCGCUGGCCAUCACCUCCACACCCAACCAGGACAACCCGCUAAUGUCCGGCCUGCCGGACGCUGCCGCCAUGGUCCCCAUUCUGGGACUGGACGUCUGGGAGCACGCCUACUACCUCAAGUACCAGAACCGCCGCCCCGAGUACAUUGCUGCCUGGUGGAAUGUGGUGAACUGGGAGCAAGUGUCGGCCAACUACGAGGCCGCCAAGGCAGGCACUGUGCCGCUGUAAGUGCCAUACACAGGUGCUGCGGAAGCUCGCGUCGUUGGGGCAAGGGCGGAUGAGACGGGUCUGCUUGAGCCCGCGCGAGCAGGAGGGCCCCUGACCUGCGGCUCCAGAAAGUCACCUCGCUACUGCAGUACAGCCACUACAUAUGCUACAGGGAAGGGAGAGGGAAGCUGCCUCUGCCGCGUUUACGCGUGCAGCAUGCUUGGACCUGGUCCCCGGAGUACGGGGGGCCAGGAUGUCGUCCCUCACCCUCAGCCUGGUCCGCUCUGUACGGGGUGAAACCAACCCCCGUACAAGAUUGGUUCUGUGGAUGCGACCUCGCGCAUUGCGCGUGUGUGUGGAUGCGCGCGAAGGAGGCAAGGUGCCGCAAGAGUCUCUUAAGGCCUGGAGGUCUUCGUUUGGGGACUGCUUGAACUGGGAGAAUUUGAUUGGGUGCACGGAGUAUACGCCGCCAUGGAAGAAAUUGCCGUGUGCAUGUGUCUGUGUGUGUGUAUUACUUCUGCAGGUGUGUUCCCGAUGGGGGCACGGGCACGGGCGUGGAUAUGUCCCACAGCUUUGGCAGUAGCAGGCUGUAAUGAUGGCGGGGCAGACGGAGUAGUGCCAUGUGCCGGCAGGAGAUUGCACAGCCGCUACAGCCAUGUCCGGACCUGGUCCUGAAUAUUUUACAUGACUGCUGCUGGUGUGCUGCUGAGGCAGGUUCGGUUGUGACUUCGUGGGCCUGUUAAUCAAAUGAUGCUCAGCAGGCCCAGCCAGGCGGUCGGUCUUCCAUGUGGCGAGUGUUGUGGCGGAUCGACCUGUCUGUGGUCAUGCAGCGCCCAGUGUUGAUCCGUGGCCCUCAGCCCUUCCCAGUUGCUAGCGCGGACUGAAGUUGCAGGGCGCUGCGGAGACAAGCCUACCUAGGCCGCCGCCUUCUCAGCGAGGAAAACAAGGGCUGUUUUUUCCGUUGCUUGUGGUCAGGUUGGGCCGGAUACUGAGUAUUUGGCUGAGCUGUGUGGUUGAGCGUGACGAAUACCUCCGUGUCUUGACUACGUGGAGAAGUGUCUUGCCUUCUGUACUAACCGCCGUACGCUCUGGAGCGUCCUAUUGUGUUGAAUUAUUCUGACUCAACCUGUCGGCAGAUGUGUAUACACCCAAAUAUGCACAACCACAUCUCAACGUCGAUAUCUGUCCGCGAACUCCAUUUUUCUUGCAACGGGACAAACCUCCCGUCCCUAUGUAUGCGCAAAAAGCUGCAUAAAUAUGAAUUUGUUAUCACCUUCUGCAUGCUUUUACUAUACCUUUCCCCUGCCGCCGGAUGAAAUGGUAAACAGAUUGUACAAUUCGAAUUCU